CAGCUAAUGUAACAAACCGUGAACGGCGCACAAUCUGACGUUACAAGCCAAAGUUUCCUGUUCCUGAAAACAGAGUUUCAAAAAAUCUUCACCCCGGACAGGGUUGUACAAAAGCCCCACUUUCAGUGACGUAAAACACCGUAAAACACAGCACAGAAAAAGCUACGUUUUUAAAAGUACCCGUUUACGUGUGGUCAAGGCCUAAGUAAGCAACAUGGUCCUUCCUGAUUCGGGAAUGUAAUACUUAUAUUCAGAAUGACAUUUUGAUGUUUUAUUAUACAUCCUUUAAUUAUGGUUUCUCUUUUAAGCACACUGAUAAACUAAUUUUGGUUGAUGAUGGAUGGAUGGAUGGGUUUUAUUGAAGACAAUGUUUUUAAUGGAACGCUAACGAAAUUUUUAUAGAAGCUUCAAUGGAAACUGCACAGGAAAAUGUAUGGAUUAUCAAUUUAUGGAUUAUGAGGACAAACUAGAGUUAUAUUAAUAGCGGUUUCCAUGACCAUCGUACAAAAAACACAGGGCAGAUGUUAGACCUAAAAUUUACCGCAGUUCCUUUUCUUGAAUGCGGACAGUUCCCCAUAUUUAACGCAAGGUGGCGCCAUCACACUAUCCAUCAUUCAUUACUCUUAGCGGAGAAUCCUUUAGUCGCAUAUUCCACACACCCAAAGCCACAGUGCAACUGGCAUGAACACCUGCACGUUUCCAGCGAUGUUCGCUGUUUGCAACCACGGAAAUUAUGGAUUUCGUGACAUUUGACAGCCCUCUCUUUACAACGACGUAGUGCUUAACAAGUCGGAGAUCUGCGGGCAACUUCGUUUUUAGGUUUGCUGUUUCUUAGUUAUUGCGUUAAGAUUUUGUCAGUUUCACAGUACGCAGGUACUCCGGUGAACUGCGAAGACAUGGACAAGGAGCGGAGAUCGUCCAAGCAGUACGGGGCACUGGAAUGCACCAAAUGGGACGUAGAGACGCCCAAGCCCGCGGAGGAAGACGUGGUCUCCAUGGCCGACUCCUCCAUAACGAUAGAUGACAUCGAGGGGGAGCUCUUCAAGAUUGAGCGGAUCCGGGACAUCCUAGUGAGGAGAGAGUCGGAGCUGAGAUACAUGAUGGAUGAUAUCCAACUCUGUAAGGAAAUAACACGACUUAAGAGGGAGCUACAGAAACUGGUGUCAAUUCCAGAUAAAGCCAAGACAAAAGAAGACAGGGCGAAGGAGGAGGAGCUUCUGCAGCAGCUCCACAAGCUGGUGGAGACCAGGGACUUCCUGGUGGACGACGUGGAGUUCGAACGGCUCAGGGAGAGAGAGGAGGACAAAGAGAUGGCCGACUUCUUGCAAUCCAAGUUCCCGAAAAGCAUGAAGAACAGAAGUGACGGUCAGGACAAGAGGGUGACCUCCAGAGCCCAGCAAACUUCCUCUCCCUUUGUCACCAAGACUGGACUCACGCUUCUGAAAGAGUGCUGUGGGUUCACAUGCUCCAUCAUGUAGGGCACCCCCCCCCCCCGCUCGGGGCUUGGGGUAGCAGAAGGGUCAAAUCUGUAGGGUGGUAUUAUCUGAUAGUUGAGAACUUGGACUUUGCCAAGGGCCAGAUGGAUCAAGGAAGCAGGAGGUGGAAUUGGAGAAGGUAAUAGCACAUCGUGUGUGUGUGUGUGUGUGUGUGUGUGUGUGUGUGUGUGUGUGUGUGUGUGUGUGUGUGUGUGUGUGUGUGUGUGUGUGUGCGCGCGCGCGCGGGUGAAGCAUUAUGUCUUUUCUGUUUCAUACCCUCCGUGUCUUAGGCUUUGAAUACACUCUUUCAUCCUGAAGGAAGAUGAAACCAUCGUAAGACCUGAAUAUCUACUAGGACUGAUAUUCAGUCGGAUUUCCUCAUUGCCACAGAAGCUUAUUUCCAGAAUGUAAUGUACAAUGAUCCAUCAUCCCUACAGUACAUGGUGCGUUCCUUGUCCUACCAUAUGUUAGCACUCGCUAAUGAACCUGUACUCCGGUGUGCCCAUCUGGUGCAGUAUUAGUGAUCUUAGCACUUGGCAAGUAAGGCUAACACUAAUACUGUGCAUUUUUAUCUACACAGAAUCUGUGAUUUCUGUUAUAUCCAUGGAUGCAUUACUUUGCUGCUAAAAUGAAAACGCCGGACUCUUUCAGUGUCUGUGUGAAAUGCUAGUUAAAAGAAACAUCAUGAAAUGUUUGAGUUAAAGGAGGAAGUUCAUUCGUGUAAAUACAUAAAUCUCCCCGAUGAUAUGGAGAUCACUCCUGAUUUCAGAUUGCAGUAAUUGCACAGUAAGCCACACACCUCUCUGGGAUACAGUAUUCUGCUGGGCUGACAGAUCACUUUGCUAUAAAUGCCAGGUUGAUCGAUCCAUUUGUGGAGAUAGCGGAGAUGCUGACGUGGUAACUGCGGGAUCAGUGGUCCGACAGGCUCGCAUAAUGAUCUACUGCGAUGGCUACCAACCUGUCAGUCAUGAAGGGCUGGUCGAUUUUUUUUAAGACAAUUGAUCAUGAGACCUUCAUGCCCUCCCCUUCCCCCUCCCAAGGUGGCCCCACUGCCACUCUGUAGCUCCCCAGAUUUUUGUUGUAAAAGUAGCUCUCACUAUAAAAACUGUUAGAGAUCACUGUUCUACUAGUGCCCUUUCUCCCUGCGUAUUUAAAUUUAAUCAGUGUUUCCCAGUCCAGUCCUUGGGGACCCUUAGCCAGUCCAUGUUUUUGCUCCCUCAUCAGGAGCUGGGUGGGAGCAAAAACAUGGACUGUCUGUGGGUCCACAAGGACCGGAUUGGGAAACACUAAAUGUAAUUAAUAGCAUAGCUGUCAAAUUUUUUUGCCAUUUUUCCAGCUCAGCACCUGCCCCCCCCCCCUUCCCACUCACAGAGUAAUUGUUGCUCGCUGUUUACAGCUUGGUAAGGGUACAAAUCAUUUACUUAAGUAAUGCUUAAAUAAUGAUGAAUUACUGCAUGAAUGAAACCCAGAUGUAUCCUGAAUUCCUGUUGCUCACCAUGAACUAAUGAUGAAAUCACCAUUGCUUUAUGUCAUUACUUCACACUUAGAUCAUCGGUUACUUAAUUUUAAUUCAUUACUUAAUACAUUAAUUGAUAUACCACCAAAUUUAUCGGGAUUCCUAGAAAAUUUAGUCAUAUUACCUAAAAUUAUUAAUUUCAAGUAAUCAUUAAUUGAUAGCUUAUCAAUUAAGUAAGAUGUCAAUGUGUGAAGUAACCGUAAAUAUAAACAGCAAAGAUUGCUAUAAAGCGAAACUGUCAAAUUUAAACUUUGUAUUAGAAUAUGAUAAUUUGAACAUAUUUAGUUGUUGACCUCAAAAUAUUGACGUGUUUUUUUCAUAUUCAGAUAUUGUCACUGGCUGGGAUUUCGUCCUGUGUUUAUGAAAACGCUUUUCUUUUACAAUGAACAAACUAUGCUUGUAUUGCUAAUAGCUAUCUGGUAAAUGACGUUACGUUACCUGCUGUUACAUUGCUUUGUGAAUCAACCCUCCCUUUCCACUAAUUCAUAUAUAUUGACAAAGUGACAAAUUCUCUGGCUGUUUUUUGCACAGAUUUAUGUUUGAUUGCACAGAUUCAUGUCACUUACGGUUGAUACCUGACCUUCACACAUACGCAUACAAACACUGCAAAAGUGAGUGAGUCAUUCACUCAGUCGUAUCACAAACCAAGGGACCGUCUGCAGCAGUGGUGAAAAAUGAUUUGCGCGGAACAUUUUUGGCCACACAAGACUAGCAUUUAACAAAAAAAAAAAAAUUGUGUGUUCAAUCCAAUGAAGCAUUCUGGUACUAUUUGAUUAUUUUCCAGUUAAACAUAAAAUAUUGAAGUGAAGGGAAAAAUCUUAUUAUACGUUUUUCCAUUAUAGUUACAAUUAUAACUAAGCCUGUUUUUUACAGUAGAUGGGUUGCCAGCUCUCAUGCUUUCAGAUUCACGCUCACGCAAGAAAUCGUACGCCAAAUCUGCAUUAUUCCAUUAUAAAGCUAAAAUUAGCUACAUCAACAGAGUUGGGGUAGUUUGCAAACCCUACAGACUAUUUGCAGGGUAAUUGAAUCGGAAAUCUCACUCCAGCACGCUGACCAGAGUUGGCAACCCUGUGUGACAUAGAAUGUUUCUGCAUGAAUUAUGUCACUGGCUACACUGAUUCUAGUGCUGAAUGAAUCUGCAAAUGCCGUCAUAUGUAGUGUUGCUGAAAGCAAAUGGACCCCAUGUGUCUUUUUGUCAGUCAGCAUAUGUCCAUUCAGUCCUUAUGGAGCCCCCUAAGACCCCUCCCUCCUUCCUCCUCCCUGCUUUUGGACCCUCCUAUUGUGCAAAGCUCUCACCUAGGAAACAUGGAUGAAGAGUAGUCGGCUAAAAGGGUACCGGUGGCCACAGGUGGGAGUGGGGGUUGGUAGGGUCCCGCUGGAGCACAAACAUUCCUCUCUUGACAUACCGGUCUCUAUGGUAACAGGGACCUAGACGCACUUGUCUCCUGCCAUGCACCUCUGAGUACCCAGCUUCCAGGACGUCGAGCUCUGAGGAUGCCUGCUUAAGCUCAAAGAUCUGGGAUGGAGGCCUUCAAAGGAACACGUCCUGUUCUGAAAAUGAAGCGGAAAUUUAAUGUUUAUUUACCAUCAUUUGUUGUUGCGCUGCACCGAAUGAAAUCAGCGAUUUGUCAAUCAGAUGUCAAAAUCAUCAAAACAUAGUAAAGGGUUAAAUUAACGUAAAAAAAGGGAUUGUCAUAAUUCAUUACCCAUUCGUUCUGUUGUUGAGCCCAAAGUGUUAGUCCUGUUUGCAGCAGUCUGUGUAAUGCAUCCGUUGAAAUGGUAUCGUAAACAAAGGCAUCAUGCAUAGAGGUUAAUGGAAGCCCACUUCCUGAGCAUCAGGGGGUCAACAGCGUAAGCAACGGCAAACUGAACUAUUCCGAUCACUGGAGCUGGUCCAUAGCCACCGUCUUCAGGCCUCCCUCAAGAAUGCAUGUUAAACGUUUAUGAACCUUUUUAGAUGUGUGGAUUUGGACGGGAGGCUGCCUCAUCUUCCAUCGGUUUGUCGCUCUCAUUUCCACUAUUGACAGAUGAAAGCCGGUCAGCAAAGCAAAAGCCGAACUGAUGUAUUGUCAGUUUCGUGCCAUCGAAUGCAUGCUUUUCCAAAUGUUAACAGUUGCUCUGAAUUGUAGCGUUUCGAAUAUGAAAGUGCAUGGUGUGAAGAAUGACUUCAGUUUUUUUUUCUUUGAGCUGAUUUCAUGAAAGGUGAACAAACCUUUAAGUAAGUAAAAGAGGUGAUUUGUUGAAAACCUUCUCAGUCAGUAGAGGAGGUUGGGUUAAAAGAAGUUCACUAGUCUGACAGAGAAGCCACUUCAGAUCAGAAGGUCAUGUGAAAAUAUAACUCUGGAUACUGGACACGUGUCCCUUGUCUCCGGUGUGGUGCAGUGUUGAAUGCCUUGUCAACGUAAUUCUGUGAAGCAGAACUCGUACCAGUUAUUAGACCCUAACUGCUGUGGGGUGGAGUUACCGUUUGAUGGUCUUUUCUCUCUCCGUAUCAUGCCUGUCACCGCCUAACUCUAACUCCACCGCCUAUUUUUUUUUCUGGAUAGGAGGUAGGCAGUGACAAUCAUGAAGUUGUACUCUUGUACGACGGUCAUGGUCUUUGCAGGAAACAUGUGAAGCCAAAUUGUUACUGUGACAUGCAGCAGUUUUUGAGUUUUUGAGACCCAGGGUGGACAUUAUGUUGGUUGUCAAACAGCAGCAAUGGAUGUAACAGCAAAAAUCCACCUGGGGAGAGGAGUAUUUUUCUGUUUCAGGGAUAUUUGCAUUGCUUGCCAUUUGAUGGUUGACCACUUUUAUGUUGUGUUGGCUGUAGAUUUCAU